GAGGCUGACCGGAGGGCCACUUGGAGAUUGGAAGAAUGAUGAGGAGAGGCCCUUUGCAGAGCGUGGCUUCCAAAAUGCCCGGGACCGGCCGCGCGAGCGAUCCUACUUUCCCUUCCAGGCAGAAGCCAGAUCUGAAGAGAUCUUGGAACUUCCGGGCGGUAGGAAGCAGGUGCAAGUGGUUGCAUCCAAACGAGAUGUAGAUGGAUAUUUGGAGGCACAGCUGGUGUUUCAAACUCCCACGGGCAAUCGCCUCUUCCAUUUGAACCAGGAGGAGCUUGGGGAGUUAGAGAAGUUGGCGCCCAGGUUGAGCGAGUACCUAGAACUGUACCAGCUGAAGGCCCAGGAGGCAGCUGAGGGUCAGGCGGAGGAGGAUCUUUCCAAGGCCCUGGAGGGAGCGCAGGUCCAGCGUUUGAGCGAAUGA